CCCGCGAGUGAUGGGAACAAGGGCCCGCCCAGGCAGCCUCUGUCGCCGUACCGCCCCUUCGCUCCCUCCUGGCGCACGGAGUCACCCAGGCGCACCCCGUGAACCUCGAGACUGCCCUCUCCAGCUGCUGCUGCUGCUACCUUGACUGCAAUCACCGCCAGAGGGGGGUGGCCGGCUACGGACUGGCUCUCCUCUAGACGAAGGAGCACUUUUUGGGGGGCACCUCUUCAUCUGCUCUCACACCCCAACUUUGCAAUCGCCGCUUAGCGGCGCCCGGGCACACGCUGAGGAGGCGCACGCCGGGAGGCUCAGCAAGACUGUGGAGGCAGGAAACCGCUCCUCCGUUUCGGCUCUUUGUUGUUCCCCUUGGAUGAUCCUUGGAAGUGGCUGAGCCUCCUCGGAAACCCGGGGGCCAGAGAAGACAAACCUUGGAAUUUUUCUUUGCAAAGGGCUCCGAGGGAUUGACAAGCCUCCGGAGGGGUCGACGAGAAACUGCCCUGCAAACUCUUGGCGGAUUGACUCACGUUGCUUAUAUUAAGCCUUUGUGUGUGGGGUGUAUGGUGUGUGGCUUCCAUAAAUUUGGAGAUCCCCGCUUCUGCUCCCUUCUCUUGGCAUGAGACUGUAUGCAGGACCCACCCGAGGACAAUGAUCGCGGAGCCUGCUCACUUUUACCUCUUUGGAUUACUAUGUCUCUGUUCAGGCUCCCGUCUUCGUCAGGAAGAUUUUCCACCUCGCAUUGUUGAACACCCUUCAGAUCUAAUUGUCUCAAAAGGGGAACCCGCCACUUUGAACUGCAAAGCUGAAGGCCGCCCCACACCGACUAUCGAAUGGUACAAAGGCGGGGAACGAGUGGAGACGGACAAAGAUGACCCUCGCUCACACCGAAUGUUGCUGCCAAGUGGAUCUUUAUUUUUCUUACGCAUAGUCCAUGGACGGAAGAGUAGGCCCGACGAAGGGGUCUACAUCUGUGUAGCCAGGAAUUACCUGGGAGAGGCUGUGAGCCACAACGCAUCGCUGGAGGUAGCUAUACUACGGGAUGACUUCAGACAAAACCCUUCGGACGUCAUGGUGGCUGUAGGUGAGCCUGCAGUAAUGGAAUGCCAGCCUCCUCGGGGCCAUCCAGAGCCCACUAUCUCCUGGAAAAAGGAUGGCUCAGCCCUGGACGAUAAAGAUGAAAGAAUCACUAUACGAGGAGGAAAGCUCAUGAUCACUUAUACCCGAAAGAGUGAUGCUGGCAAGUACGUUUGUGUUGGUACCAACAUGGUGGGGGAACGCGAAAGUGAAGUUGCAGAGCUAACUGUUUUAGAGAGACCAUCAUUUGUGAAGAGACCCAGUAAUUUGGCAGUAACUGUGGAUGACAGUGCAGAAUUUAAAUGUGAGGCCCGAGGAGACCCCGUGCCUACAGUUCGAUGGAGGAAAGAUGAUGGAGAGCUGCCCAAAUCCAGAUAUGAAAUUCGAGAUGAUCAUACUUUGAAGAUUCGGAAGGUGAUGGCUGGUGACAUGGGAUCAUACACUUGUGUUGCCGAAAAUAUGGUUGGGAAAGCUGAAGCAUCAGCUACUCUGACAGUUCAAGUUGGGUCUGAGCCUCCACAUUUUGUCGUGAAGCCUCGUGACCAGGUUGUUGCCUUGGGACGCACUGUGACUUUUCAGUGCGAGGCAACUGGAAAUCCUCAGCCAGCUAUCUUUUGGAGGCGAGAGGGGAGUCAGAAUCUGCUUUUCUCAUACCAGCCACCACAGUCAUCCAGCCGGUUUUCAGUGUCCCAGACUGGGGACCUCACUAUCACUAAUGUGCAGCGGUCUGAUGUUGGUUACUACAUCUGUCAGACUUUAAAUGUUGCUGGAAGUAUCAUCACAAAGGCAUAUUUGGAAGUUACUGAUGUGAUUGCAGACCGGCCUCCCCCAGUCAUUCGACAAGGUCCCGUGAAUCAGACCGUAGCAGUGGAUGGGACUGUAGUCCUCAGCUGUGUGGCCACAGGCAGUCCAGUGCCCACGAUUCUAUGGAGAAAGGAUGGAGUCCUGGUCUCAACCCAAGAUUCUCGGAUCAAACAGCUGGAGACUGGCAUGCUGCAGAUCCGCUAUGCUAAGCUGGGGGACACUGGCCGGUACACCUGCACUGCAUCAACCCCCAGUGGGGAGGCAACAUGGAGUGCUUACAUUGAAGUUCAGGAAUUUGGAGUUCCAGUUCAACCUCCAAGACCCACGGACCCUAAUUUAAUCCCCAGUGCCCCCUCAAAGCCUGAAGUUACAGAUGUCAGCAAAAACACAGUAACUUUAUCAUGGCAGCCAAACUUGAACUCAGGAGCAACACCAACAUCUUAUAUUAUAGAAGCCUUCAGCCAUGCAUCUGGCAGCAGCUGGCAGACUGUGGCAGAAAAUGUGAAAACAGAAACAUUUGCCAUCAAAGGACUCAAACCUAAUGCAAUAUACCUUUUCCUGGUGAGGGCAGCUAAUGCAUAUGGGAUUAGUGAUCCAAGCCAAAUAUCAGAUCCAGUGAAAACACAAGAUGUCCCACCAACCAGUCAAGGGGUGGACCACAAGCAGGUCCAGAGAGAGCUGGGGAAUGUCGUCUUGCACCUCCACAACCCUACCAUCCUUUCCUCCUCUUCGGUGGAAGUACACUGGACUGUGGACCAACAAUCUCAAUAUAUCCAAGGAUAUAAAAUUCUCUACCGGCCAUCGGGAGCUGGCCACAGUGAAUCUGAGUGGUUAGUUUUUGAAGUGAGGACACCAACCAAAAAUAGUGUGGUGAUCCCUGAUCUCAGAAAAGGUGUCAACUAUGAGAUUAAGGCUCGCCCAUUUUUUAAUGAGUUUCAAGGAGCAGACAGUGAAAUCAAAUUUGCCAAAACUUUAGAAGAAGCACCAAGCGCCCCUCCCCGAAGUGUAACCGUAUCAAAGAAUGACGGAAAUGGGACCGCGAUUCUUGUCACUUGGCAACCGCCUCCAGAAGACACUCAGAAUGGAAUGGUUCAAGAAUAUAAGGUUUGGUGUCUAGGUAAUGAAACUAGGUAUCACAUAAACAAGACAGUAGAUGGUUCUACCUUUUCUGUGGUCAUCCCCUCUCUGGUUCCUGGGAUCCGGUACAGUGUGGAGGUGGCAGCAAGCACUGGGGCUGGUCCAGGGGUGAAGAGUGAGCCUCAGUUCAUCCAGUUAGAUUCUCAUGGAAACCCCGUGUCUCCCGAGGACCAAGUGAGCCUAGCUCAGCAGAUCUCAGACGUGGUAAAGCAGCCAGCAUUCAUCGCAGGCAUCGGGGCAGCCUGUUGGAUCAUCCUCAUGGUCUUUAGCAUCUGGCUUUACAGGCACCGAAAGAAGAGAAAUGGCCUCACCAGCACGUACGCAGGCAUCAGGAAAGUCCCGUCCUUUACCUUCACACCAACAGUAACUUAUCAAAGAGGAGGCGAAGCCGUCAGCAGUGGAGGGAGGCCGGGACUUCUCAACAUUAGUGAACCUGCCACACAGCCUUGGCUGGCAGACACGUGGCCCAACACUGGCAACAAUCACAAUGACUGCUCCAUCAACUGCUGCACGGCCAGCAACGGGAACAGCGACAGCAACCUGACAACCUACAGUCGCCCAGCUGAUUGUAUAGCAAAUUAUAACAACCAACUGGAUAACAAACAAACAAAUCUGAUGCUCCCUGAGUCAACUGUUUAUGGUGAUGUGGACCUUAGUAACAAAAUCAAUGAGAUGAAAACCUUCAAUAGCCCAAAUCUGAAGGACGGGCGUUUUGUCAAUCCAUCAGGGCAGCCCACUCCCUACGCCACUACGCAGCUCAUCCAGGCCAAUCUCAGCAACAACAUGAACAAUGGCGGCGGGGACUCCAGCGAGAAACACUGGAAGCCUCCGGGUCAGCAGAAACAGGAAGUGGCACCAAUUCAGUAUAACAUCAUGGAGCAAAACAAGCUGAACAAAGAUUAUCGGGCAAAUGAUACAAUCCCCCCAACCAUUCCAUACAACCAGUCCUAUGACCAGAAUACAGGAGGAUCUUACAACAGCUCAGAUCGGGGCAGUAGUACAUCUGGGAGCCAGGGGCACAAGAAAGGGGCAAGGACACCAAAGGCCCCCAAGCAGGGUGGAAUGAACUGGGCAGACUUGCUUCCCCCUCCCCCGCCACAUAGCAACAGCGAAGACUACAGCCUGUCCGUAGAUGAAAGCUAUGACCAAGAAAUGCCAUGUCCUGUGCCACCUGCAAGGAUGUAUUUGCAACAGGAUGAGCUAGAGGAAGAGGAGGAUGAAAGAGGCCCCACACCCCCUGUACGGGGGGCUGCUUCUUCUCCAGCUGCUGUGUCCUAUAGCCAUCAGUCCACAGCCACUCUCACCCCUUCGCCCCAGGAAGAACUCCAGCCCAUGUUACAGGACUGUCCGGAGGACGUUGGCCACAUGGCCCACCAACCAGACAGGAGGCGGCAGCCCGUGAGUCCUCCUCCACCUCCACGACCAAUUUCCCCACCUCAUACUUACGGCUACAUUUCGGGACCCCUCGUCUCAGAUAUGGAUACAGAUGCCCCGGAAGAGGAGGAAGAUGAAGCUGACAUGGAAGUUGCCAAAAUGCAAACUAGAAGGCUUUUGUUACGCGGGCUUGAGCAGACCCCAGCAUCCAGUGUUGGGGACCUCGAGAGCUCUGUCACGGGGUCCAUGAUCAAUGGCUGGGGCUCAGCCUCAGAAGAGGACAACAUUUCGAGUGGGCGCUCCAGUGUCAGCUCGUCUGAUGGCUCCUUUUUCACUGAUGCCGAUUUUGCCCAGGCGGUGGCUGCAGCUGCAGAGUAUGCUGGCCUGAAAGUGGCUCGCCGCCAAAUGCAGGAUGCUUCUGGCCGCCGCCAUUUCCAUGCCUCUCAGUGCCCUAGACCCACAAGCCCUGUGUCUACAGACAGCAACAUGAGUGCCGCUGUCAUCCAGAAAACCAGACCCACCAAGAAACAGAAACACCAGCCAGGACAUCUGCGCAGAGAAGCCUACACAGAUGAUCUUCCACCCCCUCCAGUGCCACCACCUGCCAUCAAAUCGCCCACUGUCCAGUCCAAGGCACAGCUGGAGGUACGACCUGUAAUGGUGCCAAAACUCGCUUCUAUAGAAGCAAGAACAGACAGAUCGUCAGACAGAAAAGGCGGCAGUUACAAGGGGAGAGAAGCACUGGAUGGACGACAAGUCCCUGACCUGCGAACAAACCCAAGUGACCCCAGAGAAGCACAGGACCAGCAAAAUGACGGGAAAGGGCGGGGAAACAAGGCAGCAAAGCGAGACCUUCCUCCAGCCAAGACACACCUCGUCCAAGAAGAUAUUCUACCGUACUGUAGACCUACUUUCCCUACGUCAAACAACCCCAGAGAUCCUAGUUCCUCAAGCUCAAUGUCAUCACGAGGAUCAGGAAGCCGACAAAGAGAGCAAGCAAAUGUAGGUCGAAGAAACAUGGCCGAAAUGCAAGUACUUGGGGGAUAUGAAAGAGGAGACGAUAAUAAUGAAGAAUUAGAGGAAACUGAAAGCUGAAGACAACCAGAGAGGCUUAUGAUAUGAAUGUGAAAUCAUCACUCAAGAUGCCUCUCGUCUGACGACACACAAUGCCAGAGGAAGUGUUCAGUGCAAUCAGAAUGUACAAAUGGUCAUUUUUAGUCCUCCUAUUGGGAUACCGUUGUUUUUUUUUUUUUUUUUAAAUUCUUGGGUUUUUAUUGUUGCUGAUUGAUUGCCUAAUCCUUGAUGAACCUCCCUCUUCCCCCUUGCUGUUGCAACUGUUACACUUGACUUCCAGCAAGGGAAGUGUCUUGACUGCUUGCUUCAGCCAUCAGCCAGCAAGAAAGAACAGACCAGUUCUUUUGCAUUUUGCCCCUGAGAUAUGGCAUUGCACUGCUUAUAUAUCAAGCUAAUUUACAGUAAAACAUUGAUCAAAGAUCAAUCAACCUCAUGGCAAGGGCUCUUAAAAUAUAACAGUUCUAUGACCAACUGCUAAUGCCAAUUAAAGCAUACUUCAUUUUACAUGAUUUUAAAAUCAGUCUUUCAUAUCACCCUUUGCUGGGAUAAACUAAAAAUACAUCAAAUGCAGAACUACAGAUAAUUUGAAUGGGGUAGAAGCAUUGUAAAUAUAUACUCUUUGCAACUCCUGGUGGUACUUUAUUUUGUCUUCAUUUCAAUCAUUGAAAUAUGUUCUUCUUGGAAAAGUACUUUUGGAUGAGUAGGGCUAAGCCAGUUGGACCUCUGGUUAUCUAGUUAUUAUCAGCAGUAAACCUAGCAAAAAUCUUGUUCUAUUUUUCAAUCAAAAAGCAACUACAUAUGCCUAUUACAAGCAAGUGGAUGUUUUUAAUGACCAAUUGAGUAAGGACAUCCCUAUCUUAACUGGCCUAAAUUUCUUCUGGUCGUGUCAGUUCAACUUUCAGAAGUGCCACUUAAGGAAGUUUGUUUGGUUUUUGUUUUUGUAAUGCACUGUUUUUAAUCCUUUUUUUUUUUUUUUUUUGGUUUUAAAAGCACAAUCACUAAACUUUAUUUGUAAACCAUUGUAACUAUUAACCUUUUUUGUCUUAUUGAAGAAACUGUUGAGAAGUGUUUUUAACCUGUUUUGUUAAUGCUCUGUGUUUGUAUUUGCAAUAUUUGAAUGAUGACAGCUGGUGAAGUCAUGUACAGACUUGAUUGUGGGCUGUGAACCAAAUGGUUCCAAUUUUUCCUGAACUUUAAGAAGAAAAAAAAAGUGUUAAGUUUGUUGUGGCCAAUGUUGAAUCUUACAAGGUUUCCUUAGAUGCUCAUCAGAGGCUUCCUUACUUGGAAUUGCCAAGUGAUGCUCUCUGACUGUAGAUUUCUAUCAUUUUUGACAUUUAUGAGUUUCAUUAAUUUUACAAUUGGUGCUAUUUGAAGAAAACAAAAUGAAACUUUAGUCAUACAUAGGUAUCAGGCCUGACCCCACAAAGCCAAACAAAACUGAACCACAAAAAAAGGCUGGUAGUCACCAAAAACUAAGUGUGUUCAUUUAGGUAAUUUGGAAAUGUCCCAUCUAAAGGGUGUGCAGUACUAAGGGAACAAUCCAUGUGAUUAAUGUUUUCAUUAUGUUCAUGUAAGAAACCUCUUAUUUUUAGCCAUAAUUUUGCAUACUGAAAAUUCAAUAAUCAGAAAAGUAAUUUUGUCACAUUAUUUAUUAAAAAUGUUCUCAAAUACAUCA